AUGGCAAUCUCUCAUGAAUAUUCCCUCCGGGGAACGUCACAGAGCACAAUGGCCUUGGAGGACCGCUUCGAGGUUAUGAAGGAAAUCGGGGAUGGUUCUUUUGGUAGCGUUGUUCUCGCCAGAACACGGACUGCUGGAUCCAACGUGGCACGCCGCGGCACGAUGGUUGCUAUCAAGACAAUGAAGAAGACCUUUGAGUCAUUUGCUCCUUGCCUUGAGUUACGAGAGGUCAUCUUCUUGCGAACGCUUCCUCAUCAUGCACACUUGGUUCCAGCCCUUGAUAUCUUUCUCGACCCUUUAAGCAAGAAGCUCCACAUCUGUAUGGAAUACAUGGAUGGUAACCUGUAUCAAUUAAUGAAGGCUCGAGACCACAAAUUUCUAGAAGGAAAACACGUGAAGAGUAUACUAUAUCAGAUCUUGUCAGGUUUGGAUCAUAUCCACGCCCACCACUUCUUCCAUCGCGACAUCAAGCCAGAAAACAUUCUCGUCUCCACAUCGGCACCCAACGAUUCGGCUUUUACUCGAUACUCCAAUCUAGUCACCCCGCCUUCGACGCCACCUACAUACACCGUUAAGAUUGCCGACUUUGGCCUCGCACGUGAAACACAUUCAAAGUCUGCAUAUACCACGUACGUUUCAACUCGUUGGUAUCGGGCGCCGGAGGUACUUCUCCGCGCCGGUGAAUACUCUGCCCCCGUCGACAUUUGGGCUGUUGGCGCAAUGGCUGUUGAGAUAGCGACCUUGAAGCCACUGUUUCCUGGUGGAAACGAAGUUGAUCAGGUAUGGAGGAUUUGUGAAAUUAUGGGCAGCCCCGGAAAUUGGUACACCAAGGGUGGUGCAAAAGUCGGUGGCGGAGAAUGGCGUGACGGUAACAGACUAGCACAAAAGCUCGGAUUCACGUUCCCCAAGAUGGCUCCCCACUCGAUGGAAACAAUCUUGCAACCUCCCCAUUGGCCUCAAUCAUUGAGCAAUUUCGUGACUUGGUGUCUGAUGUGGGAUCCUCGUAAUCGACCGACAUCCACUCAAGCUUUGAAUCACGGGUACUUUGCAGAUGCUGUUGACCCAUUAAGACCUAAGUCAUCUACUGCGAGACUCAUGGGACGCAAACUGUCAGAUAAGAAUUUCAAGCCUGCCGCCAAGGAUGUCAGCGAGUCUCCUGCCUUGUCUAGCAAGUCUUCUUGGUUCCGCAGGUCAUUAGUAGUACGAUCCGACAGCCCAGCUCCCAUUGUCGAACCCGAAACUGCACGGCCUCCGGUUGUGUCUUGCAAUACGGCACCCGAGAUGCAGGCAUCUAAAGGACGACCGGCCAAGCGAGCCACGUGGGCCAACGGCGCACCUAUGCCUAUUCUUCCUUCUAUCAGACCUGUAUCCCCUCUUUCAAACGCAGUCACCGCCCAAGCGAACUCGCGUGUCACGCACAACCAUCAAGCAUCGGCUACACAACAGGCAGAGACAGGAAAGUCCAAGAAGAUUGGACGCCAGCUAUCUGUCAACUCGAACGGAAACCAUUACGCCGACAUUCAUCGACAAGAGGCCGAACGAGCUUUGAAUGGAAUUGGUAAUGGUGCUCAUUCGACCGCCCAAAAGGAAAGCUUCUUCUCGCACCUACGGAAGCGUGCUCGAAGACUAUCUGGUCGCAACCAAGCCGCCGCAGCCAACUACGACGUAGAGGCUAAUGCUGGGUGCUCUCCGUGGCCCAACCGUUCGUCUGUUGCUUUGGACGCCAACUUAGUCGACGCAAAAAACGCUGAGUUUGCUGACAUGGAAAAAGCUGUCCAGAAUGUUAAAUAUACCACAGACUCGAAAGACCUCCCGCCCCAGCUCACUUCGGUACCCAACCAUGUGUCUUCGAAAAGACAAUCUGUUCCUCAGGCAUCUGUUCGGGGUAUAAGCGAAAUGCCUACACCAGGCGUCAAUGGGCCUGUCUCCAGUCGCACACGCAGAGGUUUGCAAAUAUCGUCGUAUCCAGUUCAUCGCUACGAGACACCUGAAGAGGAGGACGAACUUCUCGAUGAAGUUCUCCAUUCGGCCAGCAAGGCCGCUAGACGUCUUGCACAGAGGUAUGAAGAGGAUUCAGCAUCAUCAAUUUACAAGGAAGACGGCAACGUCUCUGACUUGGUCAAUGACUCUACACGGGCACUCAACCCAUAUCCUACUCCUUCGCCAUCGGCUAAGCGUGAUGGAGUCUCAUUUGGCCAGAUCAAUAUUACACCCACCAGACAAAGAGACCCGACCAAGCUGCAUGAUGAAACCCCGACAAGUCAAUGGCCUACUCCGCCAUAUGGCGAGCAAGAGUGGGCCGCCUCGGUAGCUAAUUCCAUUCUUUCAGGAACAGUUUACAGGUAG